AUUGAAAGAUGUUAAUGUAAGUAUUAGCAAAAAUUCCAGCAGAGAUGAAUAAAACAUUGGAUGAGAACUUUAAAAUAAUAAAGGAAGAAUGUAAAAAUGAAAUAUGCAAUUAGAUGAUAAAUAGUUUAUUAGAUUAAGUAAUUUUGAAUGAUAAUAUUUAGAAACAAGCACCUCAUAUUCGAUUAUAGUUUUUAUACAAUAUUCGUUAAUUAGAUUAGUAUAUAAGCUUAUCUGAUUUAUGCAUAAACUAAUUAGAGAAGAACAUAAGUAAUAAUGUCAAAUAUGUAUUCAAAUUACAUUAUGAUAGAGUAUGGUUAAUCACUUGAGCAAAUACUGAAAUAAACAGAUUUAUUGAAGAGUAAUUAGAUUGAGUAUUCUUGUGAAUUUAUGAGGCCUAUUCCAGCUAUAAUUGAUAAUUAAUAUUUGGAUAAUUUUUAAUUGGAUUUGAUUCAUUAAACAAUAUGGGAUUACAAUAUAUCUCCUUUGAUGAGAUUUCGUAAUCUAUUGGGAUUGGCAUAAAGUACAAAACUGUAAUAAGGAGAUCACCAAAUGAUUUUGAAUUUAUUUAAACCAGAAUAUAAGAUUGAUGCAAUUCAAUUUAGAUUGUUAGUUGAAUCAAAUCCAUCAUUAGUAAGUGAUAUAAUAAUAAAAUUGAAUAAAUUAGGAGUCAAUGCUCAUGAGUAUAAUUCAAUAUAAUUAAUUAGAUAUUUGGAUUAUUUAAUAUAGAUAAAAAUUAGUAUUCAGACUUUAGAAUUAGUGAAUUAAUUAUCAAAAAACAUGAGUUUACCAGAUCAAUUUCUAAAUAUGUUUAUUACUAAAUGCAUAGUAAAUUGUGAAGAAUUUAAGAUUGUAAGUUUAAUAAUGACUUAUUUAGAAUUAACCAUAACAAUUGGCUAGACAAGUUAGAUUAGUAUCAGUUUUCAUUAGAACUUUGAUUAAAUAGAAGGCAUUUGAUCCUAAGAAGAUUUAUGUAGAAUUACAAGGGUUUUGCUUGGAAUUUUCAUCUAUUCUAGAAGCUACUCAAUUAUUUAAAACUAUAAAGAAUGCAGUACAAGAAUAAUGAG